AUAACACAACAAUUCACCAAUCUACACUCACUAACACACUAGAAUUGCAUUUCCAAAUCAUGGCUAGUUCAAUGCUUACCAAGGUUACUUGUUUGGCUAUGAUAUGCUUGGUUUUGAGCAUUCCACUGGCCAAUUCUGCACCUUCAUGUCCUGAAGUGCAACAAACUUUAGCACCAUGCGGUCCAUACUUGAUACAACCAGGUCCACCCCCUCCCCCUGAACCAUGUUGCAAUGGGGUUAAGACUUUAAAUGACCAAGCCCGAACUCAACAAGAUCGUCGAGAUGUUUGCGGUUGCCUCAAAUCCAUUGUGGCCAAUCCCAAACUCAAUCUUCCUGCCGUUGCUUCCCUCCCUAAAGACUGUGGUGUUGACAUUGGCUAUGUGAUUAGCCCUGACAUGGACUGCAGCAAGGUAAACUAGUACUGAGCAGCUUGCAGGGUUGAAGCUUAAUGAAUAAAGUAAUAAUUGGUUUUCGGUAAUAACCAAUAUCGACAGAAUAAAGAGGAUGACUUUACUCUUAUAAAAAAAAAGAUGCUUAAUUUCUCUGGUUGUAACUUGUAACUGAAUCCCCACUAGGGAUCACUAUAUAUAAUUAAAAUAAAAUCUGAAAUGUUUCAGAUCAAAAUAUUCCAUGUUUCAGAUCA